AUGGACAGCCUCCUGAGUGUUAGGAUGGUACUCGCAGAUGGCUCCAUUGUCGAAGCGUCGGAAACUACUUCCCCAGAGCUUUUCUGGGCGGCCCGAGGUGCCGGACAAGCCUUCGGUGUGGUGACUGAGCUUGUCUUUCGUGCGUAUGAUCUGAAACAUCACGUAUUCGGGGGAGCUCUGUACUUUACACCAGAUAAGCUGCCAAAGAUUGUGGAUUUCGCCAAUGAAUUCCACCGUCGCAUGGAUGAGAACAGCGGCCUCAUGUUUGGGUUCACGGCGCCUCCGUUCAUGACGGAGACUGCUAUCCUGGUCAUUCCUUUCUAUAAUGGCACCCGCGAAGAGGCAGAAGACUUCUUUGAACCCCUCCUGUCAGCUGGCCCUGCUGCAUCGCAAACCGAUAUGAUGUCUUAUACGAAACUCAACGCGGUGGCUAAUGUAGAACCGUCUCCAGAGGGCCGCAAAAGCAUCAACGGGACCAAUAUCUCCCCGCCACUUGACACCGACUUUGUACACGAUGUAUACAGCCAAUUCGACAGGGUAAUGAGAAGCUGGAGGCGAGUGGGAAAUAGUGUACUCAUGUUUGAGCUGCUGCCAUAUACUCACAUCAUUGCAGUACCAUUGGAUGCUACGGCUUGCGCUAAUCGAGGCCGGUACUACAAUGUUGGCUCGAUCUUCUGCUGGCAGGAUCCAGAUCUCGACCAGAAGAUGCUGACAGAGCAGCAAGGCAUUAUCUCCAAGAUCGCGAAUUUCGGAUCCCGUGAGGAGGGUGAAAAUCGCGUAGCCGCAUAUGCCAACUAUGCUGGGCAUAAUAUCAGUGCUGCGAGGCUAUUUGGCGAGAACUUGGAGCGGUUGCAGCAGCUGAAGAGAACCUUCGAUCCCAAUAAUGUGUUUAGAAAGUGGCACGACCUCCUCCAUCAAAAGAACGAACCACACUCAGUGUAA